AUGUCUUGCAAGUUCUUUGACGGUUAUGCUACCUGUCUGUCUAGUGCGCUGUCAUAUGAAGCCAAAAAUGGAACGCCGAUGCUGUCAAUAAUAUGCUGA